AUGUGUUUUAUAAUCAGAUUUAGAGAAAGCGGAAUAUCGAGUCUAGUGCAGUGUUUGCGAUUCACGGUCAACUGGAUCUGGCCGGCGUCCCGCUGCGGCGACUCGGCGCGCUACUGGGGCGGCGCGCGGCGCGAGCCCCGCGUGACGCCCGCGCCCUCCCCCGCCCCCUCCGCCUCCACCUCCACCUCCGACGACGGCGGGUUCCUGCCGCGCCUGCGCGCGCCGCUCAGUCCCGCCGCCGCGCCGCCCCUCUUCCGCGCGUCCUCCCCCACGCUCGCGCUGCACUGGCCCCCCUGGCCGCCUUGGUCCGUCUGGGCUCCCGCCUGGACGCCCUGGUCGCCUCUCCACAUCUCCGACCUGAGCUCGGUGCCGUUUCCGAGCUCAGCGGACGGUUCCUUUCCGACGCCACCCUCUUUCCGAUCGCGGCCCCCGCAUAUAUCGGCCCUCGAGCCGUCGCAGCAGCGCUUCUGCACGGGCGUGUUCGCCCGUGCGAGGUCACGGCCUCUACCACGCCACGGACGGCCUCGACCCAUCGUCGAGACGCCCGCGCCGCCCCCCCACGAGGCCUCGCCCGAGAGCAGAUCGUCUUCUAGCGGUUUCGGGAGCAAAAACGCAUCGUCUUCCCAAAACAACCGGAGCAGCCGCACCGAGAGUCUGGCGGAGUGGCGGCCGCCGCCCUACCGGCCGCCGCCGCCGGCGCCGCCCCCGCGCCCCGGCUCGGGCGAGGCGGUGGACGCGGGGUCGGUGGACGUGCACUACGAGUGGGACCGCGCCACGCGCACGCCCACGCCCUCCACGCCGGAGCGCACGCGGGCGCGCGCCUCGCGCGACGACGUCGAGGCGCGCGUGCGUGCCAUGAAGGAGGAGUUCCUAGAGUUCCGCAAGCGCCAAGCGCUGCGGCGGCGCUCGCCGGAGCCGCUGGGCGCGCCGCCUCUGUCUCCGCUGUCGGCGCUGUCUCCGCUGGCUCCGCUGUCGGCUCUGGCUCCGCUGUCGACGCUCGCUCCCGCCGAGACGGUGUGCUGAUCGUCGGUCGUUGAUAAUUCUCGUUUUUCCCCACCGAUACUGCGCUUUGCGAUUACCACUACUUCUUCGUGGUUACAGUAGAAGAGAGCUAGAUUCCUGAUAAAAAUCGAUGUACCUACUACCUGUUAAUUUGCGACACUGUUACGAUCUUCCGUCGGAGUGACGACCCCGAUACUUAGUCCACCUAGACUACAGAAUUUAGUCUCGUUUAAUCCGAGUCAACGAUGGACUAGGAUGAUUGACGUCUUAUUUAUUUUAUGAUUUUAACGUGCAAAAGCUUAUUCCCUACAUUGAUUUUGUAAGUCAAUUUAAUAAGAGACUUAAUACGACAUAUAGGUUGUAUGUACAUUUGUAAUUAUUACCUACUUAUCUAUUUAUUUAAGUAGACUAAAUAGAGUUUUGAUCUAAGUUUAUAUAAUUUUGUAAGUAAUGGACAUCGUUGCCUCGUCAGUUAAACAUGAUUCAUUUGCAGACACUGUCGUGUGUCGAAUAUCCCACCUUCGUCGCAAGUCCCGCCGGGGCUGCCUACUAUAUUGUAAUAACAAAUCUAGACACAUAUUCAGUCGUAACGCUGUUUAUCUGAACUAGUGUUGUAAUGUACAUACGUGUAUUUGUGGAUGCCGUGGCGUUUUGUGGUCGCACUGGCUGCUUUCCAACGAACAAAAAAAGUCAAUUAACGAUUCGAUGUAAUUGCAUUAAUUUUGGUGUUUCCAAAUAAUACAUUAUUGUGAUACAAAUAAAAAAUGAAUUGCGGUAUGUGGUUAAGGUCAAACACGAUAUCAUUAAUAUUCUCAAAACUUCUAAAAUUGUUGAAUUAAUUAUAAUUACGAUGAAUGUGCCAGGAACACAUCAGUAGCCGUAACGUUAAGGCCGGUACUGCGUCGAGAGAGGGCAGGCAGACAGUGCGAAAUUACGUUCACCUAAACGCUUUAGGUAUGAGCGGGAAGCAUCCACAACACCGCUCAUACCAUUAUUAUAUUGUAGUUAAUGAUAAGGAUAACGUACAAUUAAAGUUUAAUAAGAAUUCUCGCACUCGGCACUCUAAACUCUGUUUCCCUGAACUUCAGCUACGAGUUCAGUGCCGAAUGCGUGCAAUGAUAUUAUAUACACAAAUAAAAUAAUUUAGAAUUAGUAUUAUAUAAAACUCGACCCGACUUAAGUGAACAAUGUUUUGAAUGGAGUUUUUUUUUUCAAGUACAAAUUUUUAUUUUAUUUGUUAUGUACCUCUUUUGUUUAUUUUUUUUACUGUACAUAUGUAAAAAUAUAUUAGAAUAUUAUAUUAUACACAUAUUUAUUUAAGUAUUAUGUGAGGUUCAUGAACUAAGCCAGUAAUUGUGAGGCAAUAGUAUAAUUUAAUUUAGAGUUAUGACAUCUUAUACUAAUUAUACUGAAUGUAACCAAGUGGCACAACGCUAUUGAAGGUGCUCAAAGAAAUAAUUCAUAAUAUUUUGACCAAUCCAACCUUAUUACGUAAUAAGUUUGACAGUAAAUUCCAAAUCUCACAUCAGUCCUAUUUCAUGGAAAUGAAGAAGACACCGGAGAGCAUAAUUCGAAACGGCUGCAAACCUAGCGAGACCACUCGGUUCCUUAGCAAUCCCACCUGAAAACCUAAAAUAUUAUUUAUUGUUCAGUCAUCGCGAAGACUGUCAUUAGUUUUAUUAGGAUUAUUUACAAAUUAAACUAAACGUUAAUUAAUAUUUCUUGCCAGCAUGAUUUUUACACAAUUUUUGUAAACUUUUAUUUAGAGAAAAUUCGUAAUUUUCAAUGUCAUAAGAACCUCCUUAAUUGUAAGUAUAAAAUGUACGCUUUAAAGAAAUUGAAAAGAAUUCACAUAACAAAUAGAUAGGUAGUCUAAUAAGGAGUAGUGUAUGUUCGAGCGAGCGGAUGUGGGCGACGAGGCGCUAGCGUCGCGACGCGUGUACGUAAUUAAUCGUCUUUAGCAACGAGCGUCACCACUCAGGUCACUGCCGGUUAACUAGAUUAAGCUGCGAUGAACGUCACGUCUAUAGUACUUAUUUCGAUUGUUUUAAAUGCAAGUUUUCUAGGUAAACCCGCCUAGCGUUACAUUUAGAUCGUUAGUAUCGACUGUUUGUGCAAUAAAAACACAUUGUUCAUUAUGAUUAAUAUACGUUAAAAUUUAUAAUAUCGUAUGCUCAAUGAUUUCGACUGAACCACUUAAAAUUAUUCGCGUCACCGUGGAACACCGUAAUGUACGUCAUCUGUAGGACAGUUAUCACAGUCGUUUAUAUUAGGAAAAUAUAAGUUUUUAAUUGGAAGAGUACAUUUAUGUUAUAAAAGUUUAGAUUUUGAUUGUUAUUUUAUAUAUUUUUUUAGGUGUAAACAAUGUUUUUAUUUCCAACAUUAAUUGAACUUUAUAAAAUAAUGUCUUUUAAUAUAAUUUGUUACAUAUUUGAAAAGAAUCUGCGAAAUGUCCAGUUUUGCAUCUAUUGUAGUAACAUUUUUUUAAAUAUUGCAAAAUGCAAUUUAUCUUCGACAUGAAUAGGAACACAAUACGAAAAAAUCAAAAUAGCUCAAACCAUGUGAUAUCUAGUCUCCAUUAUGACAACCUUUCCGUAAAUAUCGUAAUUUAUUAAAAUAUUAUAGUAGACGUAACCGGAGGAUAUUACACUGGUUAGCCAUUAUUUCUUCAGAUAAGAUCUUCAAUCAAUCGUUUACUUGUUUGAUUACAAGCCCUUUGUUACAAUAUAAUAUUAAAUUUUUAAGAAUUAUACAUAGAGCACUUGAAGUCAUAAACGUUUUCUAUAGACUAAAAUGAAAAGAUAGCAAUAUAUUAGAAUUAUAUAAUAACUUUUAUCGUAUAUAUCAGUUUGUAUAAAAAUAUACGAAAGUAAAUUAAUGUGCACAUUGGCAAAAUAUGACUUGGUGAAACUGGGGCACCCAAUGAUAAAAAAUUAGGAGUAAUGCACAAUAUCUCAGCACUAUACCUAAGUGAUAUCAAUUUUUGUCAAAAUCCAAGGUAGGUAGGUAUACCUCUAGCACCAUUAAAGUUAUUUCAUCAAAAACAAUAACUUUGUUAAUAUUAAAACCUUACGCCUUGGUGGAAACAAACCAUUGCACGAGCCACAAUUUUUUAACUUAAAAUAUAACUUUUAAUUUUGUUAGAGUAUUUUUAGUUGUAAGUGUUGAGAACAGUGUUUACUGUGUAAGCACACAAAGGAUUCAAUUCAAAAAAUAAAAUACAAUAACGUUGCUAUGAUUUAA